AUGUCUAUCUCCAAAGUUCCGCCCGAGCUAUUCGCUCUGAUUCUGGGACAGCUGGAUUCUCCUCAAGCCCUUCACUGCGCCAUCAGCGCAUCUCCAUUGAUCUUUCAAGCCUUCACUGCUUCUCGCAUCCAAAUCCUCAUCUCCGUCUUCCACAGGGCUAUUCUGCCUGGCGCCCGAAAGGGUGCCCUCGCCAUUAUACAAUGUCCUUCUGUGUCAACGGAAGACCAACUGGACGAACUCUGGCAAUUUCUUGACACUCAUUUUCAUCCUGGCCAGGCUACAUUGCCAUUUCCCAGAGACAAUCCUGCCAUCACUGUCUUGAUGAGAUUGGUUACUAGAGUAUUGCGCUUGGAGCAGGAUUACUUCAACGAUACCAUGUCCAAUCUGGCUGAUGCCCCUGGUGGAGAUGCAUCGGAACGGAAGCAGCUGGAAUCUCCCACACCUUUGUCCGACGCAGAACGCACCAGGAUACAAGGAGCUUUUCUGCGACUUGAGCUAUAUUGCCGGUGUUUUCCAGUAGUUCAGGAUGAUCUCGGAAUGGAGGUCCCCCCAGGCGAGGAUGAUAUCGGAAUGCAGGUCUCCCUUGUCCCUGCGGAGCUUCAAUUCCAGCACUUCUUGCACCAACUACAACCAUGGGAGGUGGAAGAGAUGAGCUGUGUUCAUCAGUAUCUUUCCUUUCGCAUUGGCCCACUUAUCGAACAAAUCCAGAAUGAGAUAGUUGCCAUCGCGUUUCGCCAUCAGGUUCAGGGACCGAGGCCAAAAUGUAGUAAGGACAACGCCCAGGUCUGGAUGAUGGGCAAGUGGAUCCCCUACACAGGACCAACCUUCGAAAUUCCUUCCCCUGAGAGUGAAGGGCUACCAAAUAGUCUUCCGUCUUACGAGCCGCACGAGCUCCGCACAUUCUCGUACUGGAGAGGGUCUCCGAUAUUUGAAAUGGAAGGCAGGCAGGAGUUUUAUGAAUUCCUGAGCUCUUUGGUCUCAAGAGGCCUAGAGUACCUUGUUAGUGUGUUUGACGCUGACAAGGAGUUGCAACGGUACCUACUUCUUUCUGGGGAAUACACCUUGAGGGAAUUUCUUCCCGAGGCGAUUACCUACGCAAUUGAGAACGACAUCAGAAGCGAUCCUCAUCCUCAAACCCAGGGAUUACUCACACAACUAGAAAGUGCUGCGCCUGAUUCGUUGACCGACGACCCUGUGCGUGCAGGAUUAGAUGAGACUGCGGUGCAGGCAAGGAUAUCCUAUUCAUUGGAGAAUUGCCAUGACGAGCAAGAACGGUUCGACUUUAAAGAAAAGGCCAGCGCGGAAGAGGUUUUAAUGGAGGUUGAGAUCCCCAAGAGCGUGAUGGAUGACCUGAACCGGACGUAUGGGUUUUGGGAGAGAACUUCAGUGACAGAAGAGAACAUGUAG